GAACGCUCUGCAAUUGAACUGAAGGACCGCAGGCAGCUGUACACGAGCAUCCUCUAUUCUCCACACGCGCCCACAUCACACAGUCAAUGGAUUACACCUUCUCUCUCCAAGUGCAACACCAUCUGACCGUCUACCCAACGCACUUAUACGAGGACUACAGCUUAGAGUUACAGAUGAAGUCAACAGAGGUGGAUCAAGGCCUUUUCACAGACAGUUACUGCAAAGUGUGCAGCGCUCAGCUCAUCUCAGAGUCACAGAGAGUGGCACAUUAUGAGAGCCGGAAACAUGCAAACAAAGUUCGUCUGUAUUAUAUGUUGCAUCCAGUAGACGGGGGAUGUCCGGCUAAGAAGCUCAGAACAGAUGACGGGAAUGAGGAGGGAGAUGUGGAUAAAAACAAGUGCUGUACACUGUGUAACAUGUCCUUUACUUCAGCGGUGGUAGCGCAGUCUCAUUACCAAGGCAAGAUCCAUGCUAAGAGGCUCAAGCUUCUGCUGGGGGAACAGCCUGCCAUAACAGCUAAAGAGGUGCCACCUAGUCCAGUGAAGACACCCUCCUCAGAAACCUCACCUUUGCGCUCAACCCGUCAGCACCGGGAUUCUGAUCGCUACUGUCAGCUGUGCAAUGCUUGGUUCAACAAUCCUGGAAUGGCACAGCAACACUACGAUGGAAAAAAGCACAAGAAGAACGCAGCACGUGCAGAACUGCUGGAACAAUUAGGGAAGACUUUAGACAUGGGAGAGAUGAAAGGUCUAAAACGCUGCUACACAUGUGAUGUCUGCAGUGUCACACUGAAUUCAGUGGCACAGUAUCAUGCACACCUGCAGGGCUCCAAGCACCAAAACAACAUCAAUAGGUCAAGCCCGGACGACAGGCUCAUUACCAUGGCAUCACUACACUCCUGUCGCACCAUCCAUCAGUGUCCCUCCAUCAAAUAGCUUGCAAACACAGGCACAGC